AUGAGCUUACCGAGCCGGUACACAUUCAUUCCACUUUGGACAGCGGAAAACAAGAGAUUUGAAUUCAUAGCCAAACUUACCCGAUAUUAUUUUUGUUCGUAUCAAAAAUUAAUUUAGUAAAGAUUAUUGAAUCAGUCAUCUUGGAAAAUGGUUGCAACUCAAAAUAUCAAUGCGACGGAGAAGGUAGAGACAAUCGAGCCACAUCCUUUACAUCAUCUAAGCAUCCCAUUUGAGAAAGCAACGUUUGGGAUGGGAUGCUUUUGGGGAUGUGACUCGUUGUUCGGUGCCACCAAGGGUGUGCUAAGAACCCGUGUUGGAUACGCUGGCGGCACAACUGAAUCGCCAGUUUACAAGAAUAUGGGUGAUCACACGGAGGUCAUUGAAAUCCAUUACGAUCCCACCAAAAUCAGUUUCACUGAUCUGCUGGAUCUGUUCUGGAACAAUCAUGAAUACGGACUGACGACCCGUAUAAAGCGCCAGUACAUGUCGCUUAUCCUGUAUCACAAUGAUAAGCAACGAAGAAUUUCCGAAGCGAGCCGUGCUGAGGAACAAGUUAAGAGGGCUCCGGAACAAAUCACCACCGAAAUAGCACCUGCCGGCAUAUUUUAUCCCGCUGAAGACUACCAUCAAAAAUAUCGCCUCCAGAAACAUCACAAACUGACGAAAGGGAUUGGACUGACACCGGAACUGCUCCAGAGUUCUCAUGUCGCCGCGAGGCUGAACGGUUAUUUGAUUGGUGUUGGAGGACUAGACCAGUUUGAUGAGGAUGCCGACCGACUAGGACUUAGCUUGGAACUCGUUCACUAUGUACGGGAUUAUGUGCGUGAUAAUGCUGGUGGUGGUAUUUUCUGUUGAAUUCGUUGAAUAUUUAGAUUACUUUACUAGCUCUAGGGUAAUGUUUUCAUAAAAUAUUAUCAAACAUUCCAACUGAACAUUGUAAGAUAGAAUUAUUCGUAGUGGUUUGCUCUAUUAGGCUAUAAGUAUUAAUUGUUGAAUAGUUGAAGUAAGAGAAAGGAUGAAAUACAUAUUGAUAUUAGAGACGAAUGAACUCUCAGAGUUUAAAGUCUCUCUAAUUCAAUACCUUCCUUCCUUCCAUAUUGAUAUUUUGUGCAAAUGUUACGAGUUUUUCAUAUUUAUCUCUGAUCUGGUACACGAAGAAUAGUUUGAACGUGAAUUUAAAAUUAUUCGUUCAAUUUGUGAUUCAAGCGGUGACGAUAAAUAUGUGGAUUCAAUCUUAGUUAAAUGCGGGAUUUUCUAAGGUGAAAAAUUGCUGGUCAUGUCCAUGUUGAAAUCUGAACCGUAUGAAAAAUUAUACGCAUUCCACAUUCUCAUAAUAGAAAUUGAUUCACAGGAAAAAAUGCGAAGUGUAUAGUGUAUUUAAUGGAAUUUUUAUUUUUUCGACAGUGAAUCACGUACACUAUUAUUAUUACUAUACAAUGAUUGUUAAAUUUAAUAAAACAUUUCUGAAUGUUGGGUACAUCAAUAAAUACUUCGCCAUUCGGCAUACACCAUA